CCAAAGGGAGGGCCGGGCACAGCGGGGUGGAGGCCCGAGGCUGACAGAGUGAGGAGGCUGCGCCGGCGGGGGGCGCAGGCCAUGCCAACCCUUACCACAGCCCCCCAGGGGCUGCCCGGCCUGCUGCAGCCCCAGGACCAGGCGACGACCCGAGUCCGGGUCGGUGGCUGCUGAAUGGGGCCGCCCAGCGCACUCCCAGGGCGGACACGAAGACCUGACUAGUCCCGGCUGCUAAGGCUCAGACCAUGAACUACGUGGGGCAGCUGGCCGGCCAGGUGUUCGUGACAGUCAAGGAGCUGUACAAGGGGCUGAACCCUGCCACCCUGUCCGGGUGCAUUGACAUCAUUGUCAUCCGCCAGCCCAAUGGGACCCUCCAGUGCUCCCCGUUCCACGUCCGCUUCGGGAAGAUGGGCGUCCUGCGCUCCCGGGAGAAAGUGGUUGACAUAGAAAUCAAUGGGGAGUCCGUGGACUUGCACAUGAAACUGGGGGACAACGGAGAAGCGUUUUUUGUGCAAGAGGCGGAUAACGAUCAGGAAGUGAUCCCCAUGUACCUGGCCACGUCCCCCAUCCUGUCCGAGGGCGCCUCGCGCAUGGAAUGCCAGCUGAAGAGAAACUCGUCGGACAGAGUGAGGAGCUUGGACCCUGGCGCCCCCACCCCAGUCCUGCCCCCCGGUGAGGCCCUGUCCAGCAGCUCACUGGUGAAGAAGAGGAGGAAGCGGAGGCGGAAGUCCCAGCUGGACAGCCUGAAAAGAGACGAUGGCACCAACACAUCCGAGGACGAGGACAUGUUCCCCAUCGAGAUGAGCUCCGACGAGGAUGCGGGGCUGUCCGACAGCAGCAGAGCGCUUCCUGAUGAUGCACCACCAUUCCAGGAUGAAAUCCCUAAGGAAAACCUCCCCCCAGUCUCGCUGUACCCGCAGUCGGCUUCGUACCCCAGUUCAGACAGAGAGUGGUCCCCCUGCCCCAGCCCGGUAGACUGCAUAAGGAGCCCCCCUCACCUCGAGGUUGCCGCGGAGGGAGGAGGCCUCUCCAGCUCGUGCCCGCUGCAGUCUUCCUAUCUCCACGCUUUGGAAAGUCCCUCAGGCUCCCGGCCCGCCACCCCGAAGAGCGACUCGGAGCUGGUGAGCAAGGCCAGCGACCGCGCGGCGCCCAAGAGCAACCUGGAGAUGCUCUGGCUGUGGGGAGAGCUGCCGCAGGCCGCCAAGUCCUCCCCACACAAGAUGAAGGAGCCCAGCCCUCUGAGCAGCAGGAAGAUCUGCGACAAAACCCACUUCCAGGCCAUGCACAGCGAGUCCUCCGACACCUGCAGCGACCAGUCGCCGACGCUGGACCAGAGCCAGCUGCAGAUGGAGAUGCAGUUGGUGGCCGAGGAGGACCUGGAGGCUGUGGGAGCGGCUGCCCUGCCUGUGCUGGUGACCGAGGAGUCCAAGCCCCCUGCUGCCGGCACGGCACAGACGGCGAACAGGACGGACUCUCCCCAGAGGAAAGAUAAGCGGAGCAGACAUCUUGGUGCUGAUGGUGUCUACCUGGAUGAACUCACAGACAUGGAUCCGGAAGUGGCUGCCUUGUACUUUCCCAAAAAUGGAGACCCCUCUGGACUCCCCAAGCGCGCCAGUGACCUGGGACCCCGCUGGGCCAACCAGUCCCCGCAGUUGGUGGGCAGCUCGGGCGUGGACAGCGGUGUGGAGAGCACCUCUGACGGCCUGCGGGACCUGCCGUCCAUUGCCAUCUCCCUGUGCGGGGGUCUCAGCGACCACCGGGAGGUCACCAAAGAUGCGUUUUUAGAGCAAGCUGUGUCCUAUCAGCAAUUUGUGGACAACCCUGGGAUCAUUGAUGACCCCAAUCUUGUGGUGAAGAUCGGGAAUAAGUAUUAUAACUGGGCCACCGCAGCCCCUCUGCUCCUGGCCAUGCAAGCCUUCCAGAAACCUCUGCCCAAGUCUUCAUGCUUAAGUUACCUUACUAUAAUUUUGGAUGCCAUUAGAUUUUGUUUCUGUAAAAUUUUCAGUCCACAAAUAGCCACUGUGGAGUCUAUCAUGAGGGAUAAGAUGCCUAAGAAGGGAGGAAGAUGGUGGUUUUCGUGGCGGGGAAGAAACACCACGAUCAAAGAGGAGAAUAAGCCGGAGCAGUGCUUGCCUGGAAAAGGCCACAGUACCGGGGAGCAGCCGUCACAGCUCGGGAUGGCCACCAGAGUGAAGCACGAAUCGUCCUCCAGUGACGAGGAGCACGCGGCCGCCAAACUGGCCCCUGCUGGCCACCUGCCUCUGCUGUCCAGCGUCAGCUACAAGAAGACCCUGCGGCUCACGUCGGAGCAGCUGAAAAGUUUAAAGUUGAAGAACGGCCCCAAUGACGUAGUCUUCAGCGUGACCACACAGUACCAGGGCACCUGCCGGUGCGAGGGCACCAUCUACCUGUGGGACUGGGAUGACAAGGUCAUCAUCUCUGACAUCGACGGGACCAUCACCAGGUCAGACACGCUCGGCCACAUUCUGCCCACGCUCGGGAAAGACUGGACCCACCAGGGUAUCGCCAAGCUGUACCACAAAGUGAGCCAGAACGGGUACAAGUUUCUGUACUGCUCAGCACGCGCCAUCGGCAUGGCUGACAUGACACGCGGCUACCUGCACUGGGUGAACGAGCGCGGCACGGUGCUGCCCCAGGGCCCGCUGCUCCUCAGCCCCAGCAGCCUCUUCUCUGCGCUGCACAGAGAAGUGAUUGAGAAGAAACCGGAAAAGUUUAAAGUCCAGUGUUUGACAGACAUCAAGAACCUGUUUUUCCCAAACACGGAACCCUUUUAUGCUGCUUUCGGGAACCGCCCGGCUGAUGUGUUCUCCUACAAGCAAGUGGGGGUCUCUCUGAACAGGAUCUUCACGGUCAACCCCAAGGGAGAGCUGGUGCAGGAGCACGCUAAGACCAACAUCUCGUCGUACGUGCGGCUGUGUGAGGUGGUGGACCACGUCUUCCCGCUGCUGAAACGAAGCCAUUCUUCUGAUUUCCCCUGCUCGGACACGUUCAGCAACUUCACCUUCUGGAGAGAGCCGCUGCCCGCCUUUGAAAACCAGGGCGUCCACUCGGCCUCAGCCUGACCGGGAUUGCUGGGCUCCUGCGACAGUGCAUGAGGGAGCCGGUGUCCCCAGACAGCUUGGCCGCGAAGCCCUGCUCUGUGCCCAGCCGGGAGAGGACCGAGCCGCGCUUCUGCUCCUCCUGGUCUGGGUGUCAUCUUUAGAGGCAGCGACAGAUGCGUGCAGUGCUGUGCUCAGUCGUGGUCACCACGCGUGCCCAGCUCGCUCCAGCGACUGGUUCUCGAUGUGCAAUAGGGGGUCCUGCCCCGCCCCCCCCGCAGAAUGCUGGCGUGCAGUCCCCAGCCCAGGUGGGGGCCCUGUCUGUCAGUCAGUCCGACAGUCCGUCUGUCCCCUCGCUAGGUCUUCCCUCCUGCGGUGCAGGCAGCUGUGCGCUGGUUCAUCCCUGCCCUCCCGUGCUCCAUGCUGGAAUAUUUUGCCUUAAUGCACCCGGGGUCUGGUGUAGAACUCACUCCUCUCGCUCUCAGCAACUUCGCAACGCCUUAAACCAAAAUUGUGGUAAACAAACACGGCGUUUUGAGGUCAGAACUGCGCCGUCCAGAGAGGCUGCGCCAGGAGUCGGUCAGGGUCUGGAGCGGCUCGCGGCUCCAGUGUCACAACCUCAAUUUUUAUUGGGAGGUCUUGAAAGAGACGGGUGGUUUUAAGACAGUAGUUUCAAGAAGUUGAGCCAUAUUCUUAGCGGUGUUAUUUAUUGCUUUACUCCGAUUGGUUGCUGCUGGAAGCCUCCCAGCCAUGGGCUUUCAGUGACAAAUGUCAUGAGUACAGUAAAAGGUGAGUUCACCAGGCCAGCCGGGGGCCUCAUCUGCGCUUCUCACACAAAAUAAGUUAUUUUUCUCAGCUUUUCUUUCCUGCCCAAAUGAAGGGUGGGUGGGGGGAAGUAGGCAUCAGAGUGACUUUUGAGCCGGUUGGUAGCAUAUGGCUCCUUCGCUUGUGUAUUAAGCUGCCUAGUGGCGAGUACGAUGUGAAAAGAUGAACUAUUUUGGUAAAAGAUUUCACUUUGGUUUUUGAAAUAAUAUUUUUUAAAAGUGCGUUUUACUCGGUUGGCUGAAAGGCUUUCCUGUUUAAAUUGCAUUGUUAUAGAGUCUUAGGAGGCAGGAGAACAAACCAAACAGAACAGUGGAAGGGAAUGUUACUCUUUCUGUGAAAGAACCCGGAGUCCUCGCCUUGGCCGGACUUGGCGGGCGCUGGUGGGCAGGGGCGGACGGCUUUGUGGACACACACAGGAGGGGACAUCGCCUGUCACAAUUGCAGAUUCACGCGGGACACAGCUGUGCGCGUGAGCAUUACACUGUGGAGACGUGCAAGCGAUUGAUUAAAAGUCCUGUUUACCAGCACCUCCGGGCUCCGCUGGUCUGUGCGCAGCCAGGGAUCUGGCGGUGGUCGUCGGAGGAGCUCAG